UCCAAUUUUCUGUACUUUCAACCCCACAGGGCCACACGGUGAGAAAAGAAUACACACGGUGAGAACUAAAGUAGCGUUUUUCUUGCUAAAACCCCGUUCCUAAGUAUCUCCAACUCUAGACUUUUUCUUUCUUCACUCCUCUCUAAUAUUCCUGAACUGGGUUUAAAAUCAAGUGGGUUUGCGUUAACCCGGUAAAUCCUUCAUUGAUUUUUGGUAGACUUAAGUGCCUCUGUUACUUGUGAAGACUAAACAAUGGCAGUUAAAAUUGGUUAUUCGUUUUCCUCUGUUUUCACCUCUCCUUCUUCACCUUUUCAAUCCAUGAAGACUCGAACGGUGAGUGCAAUACCAAGAGUGUUCAUGUGGAGAUUUGUUCCGGAACGUCUAAGAAAUGAUAAAGUUGUUAGGUCACACCACUUUGUGCCUGAAAAGCUAAAGGUGCUGAGAAGUUCUAGUAGGAGACAGUUCAGUUUCUUUGCUGCCGCAGAAGACCAAUUAGCCGACAGUGAGCUUGAGGAAGAUGAUUCCGAGCAAGAAAGUGAACAUCCUGGUGAUGAAUUUGUUGCCUCUGUCAGUAGUUCAAACGUCCACAUGGAAGGUGCUGGUGGUAAGCCUGGCGUACUAUCAUUCUACAAUCGUCCUUACAGAAGGGAGGAGGAAAUCCUUGUGCCUGCUGCUGAAAAGAACCAGAACAUUCUACUGUGGUUUGUUGGUCCAGCUGUUCUUGUAGCCUCUUUCAUCUUUCCCUCGCUUUACUUGCGCAGGAUAUUAUCAACUAUAUUUGAGGACUCUUUGUUAACUGAUUUCCUCAUCUUGUUCUUCACAGAGGCUCUGUUUUACUGUGGAGUAGCAGUGUUUCUUCUUCUAAUAGAUCGUCUAAGGAGACCGCUUGAGCUAGUAUCUUCUGACAGGAAAAUUAUCCCACCACUCGGAUAUAGAAUAUCUUCAAUUGCUGUACUGGCACUUAGUCUAAUAAUUCCAAUGGUGACCAUGGGGUUUGUUUGGCCAUGGACUGGUCCUGCUGCUUCUGCUACUCUCGCCCCCUACCUUGUUGGUAUAGUUGUUCAAUUUGCUUUUGAGCAGUACGCAAGAUAUAUUGACUCACCUUCAUGGUCUGUUAUCCCCAUUAUCUUUCAGGUCUACAGGUUGCAUCAACUGAAUAGGGCAGCGCAACUGGUAACAGCCCUUUCUUUGACAGUAAGAGGAGCAGAGAUGACUGCCCAGAACUUGGCAAUAAAUGGCUCACUGAGCACACUUUUAAAUGUCCUUCAAUUCCUUGGGGUGAUAUGUAUUUGGUCCCUUUCUAGCUUCAUCAUGAGAUUUUUCCCAUCUGCUACUAUGGCUGAGGGGUAAGACAUGGUUCUGCUACAAUCUGGUCCACACUAAAUACUCCGGAAUAGUCAAAGUUCUGGUUGCUUGUUUGCAAGUGCCACAUGUCUUUUGUGGUUGCUGUGGUUAUUUCUGCAGGUGGUCCUUGUUGUUGUAGACUUGAUCUUUGUUGAAUCUGAAAGAACAUGACUACCGAAGCCUUAAUCGCUCUCCAACAUAUAUCACCUUCGCAGAAAAUUCUUUGCAAAUGAAGGACUGCAAGGUAUAGGGCUACUGAUCAUCAUGUCACCUUUUAUGUAUUUGGUUCAAUAGGCUGUGUAUUUUGGCAUUACCAGGUGGAAUACUCGACUCACCAAGGAAUUUUACGUUGGUGGAUAUUUUAUGAAAUUAGAGGGCAAGUAGGUAUCCAUGUCAGUGUAAAGACGGACCAAAUGUGAAGUUGAUUUGUUUUCAUUUAUUUGUGUUUUUCUUUAGCAGGAAUCUUCACAAAUACUAUGCCACACCCUUAGGCCUUCAAUAAUCCAAAGUUGAUAAGUGGAGCAUCCCCUGAUUAUAUAUACUACCGGUACUUGCUUCGGUUAUA